GUUACAUUCGCAUCACUUUUUGCGUUUGGCCGUUCCGCCUCGUCCAUCUUUUCCUCGGUCAUGUUCUGUCUGAUCAAGGACGAGCAAGAGCAAGAGCAAGCGGUGACACGGUGACAAAGGGCCAGUGGCUGAGCCAAGUCACCCCCAAGACUCACUAUUACGCGUCGCAAUUCGCAACGGUUGCUUCCCGCGUCUUCGCAGCGGACAAUGGAAUGCGCUCAAUGAACUCUCCGGUGUGAAUUACGUUUGCUUCGUGGUAGAGUAGUCGGGCUUCUCAUUCGUCCAUCGGCUGCCUGCGCUGAGCUUUGACCUCCCUCAGUGGCCCAGGUAUAUUUGUGAUUGUCUUCUCGCCUCACCACUCUCUGCAUCAGUCAAUUUGUAUCGCGCCCAGAGUGACUGUUCCCUGUCCGUGCGCAGACACAUUCAGCAUCGGACCAUCGAUUGCUCCAGAUCAAAUUCCCCGUCCUGCUGCACAAAGACCCAGAUACCCGGGAGCCUAGAUCAGGCAUUGAUUGAGCCCUGCCCGCGAGUGAACGCGACAUCACCCUCGAACAAUCCACCACCACCGCCGCCCGAGAAGAAAAAAACACCCCCAGCCCAAAAGACACCAUGGGCGACAAAUUCCCUCCCCCCCAAUACCCUCCGCCCACGCAGAGCCCCGGCCCCAUCCACGCCCAGACGGGCUUCCAAUCGCCGCCGCCGCAAAUGGCCUACGACCCCAACUACCAGCAACAGUACGAGUACGAUGCCUCGCGCGGCGCGAACCAGGGCUACUACGGUGGUGGUGGCCCCCCGCCGCCGCAGGGAUACUAUGGCGGCGGUCCCGGGUACGGGCCUCCGCAGGGCUGGAAUGGGCAGCCGCCGCCACCGCCGCCGGGCAUGUAUGAGAGAGAUCGAGGCGGCGGGGGAGGAGCUGGGAUCUGUACGGGGUUAUUGGCUGGGUUGGCGUGUUGUUGCUGUUUGGAGGCGUUGUUUUAAGACGGGUUUUUCACAAUUGCGACGGACACGGACGGGGGGUGCGAGGCGGGUGCGGGCCUUUCGAGUGGGAUGGAAAAGAUCACAUUCUGCUGAAUAGGUUGAGCAUUUCAUUUCAUCGGGGGAUUUUGUCCCUAUACUCGAUUGCAUUACUAGCAUAGCGUUUGCGGGUGGGGAGGAGCAUAUCAUUUGGCUCCAUCACAAUGCAUCAAAAGAUAGAUUGUGAUAUACUCCUUGACUUAACUCAGAAUGUGGUCAUCAAAGUGCCAAUUCGUCUCUACGGCGAGAGUUCACCAACUCAGUGCUGCCCUUCACAUCACAGAACAACUGCUGGCCCCGCUCAACCCGCCAGAUUC